GAGAAAGCACAUGAGGAGUUUCAUAGAGUCUGUUAUGAAUGUUUAGCUGAAGCUGCUCAGCAGAUUAUCACAUUGUAAGAUCAUUUUAACGCGGAAAGUUGCUGUGUGGUGUUCAUCAUGGCCUCGGAUAUGCUGAUGCUCAACAUCUUCAACCAGGAGCCCAAUCACUCAGGAACAGAGAGAAACACUGAGAAACACAGCAGGUUUUCAGCAGGACAGAAAUGGAAAGCAAAAAAGAUGGCGAUUGGAAAAAGGAAGAGCUCGUGUGAAAAUCCAGACCGUGGCUUUGCCAAGCAAAGGAAGCUAAAUGCCACGACAAACAUAAAGAGCGAGGACCAGCCCGCUUCCAAGUUCCCAUCAAAACCGAAACCAAAACCAUCUCCAAAUAAAGGCCAGGAGGAACACAAGGGACACGACAGACCUUUCGUUAAAACGUCAUCUCUUUUCCGAAACAACCCAGAGAUCCCGGAUGUGCUCAGUCCUGCUGUUACUCAGGUGAAGGAGAAGAUCUUUACUGGGAACUCCUUUUGUGAACUAGAUCUUCAUCCUCACUUAGUAGCGACACUUAACAAAUUGUUCAACAUAAGCAGUAUGACCAGCGUACAGAAGCAGACCAUCCCUGUGCUCAUGUCGGGACAAGAUGCUGUUGUUCGAUCCCAAACUGGAUCAGGAAAAACGCUGGCGUAUGGAAUUCCUCUGAUCCAGUCUCUCCAGGCAGUGCAACCAAAAAUCAACAGAUCAGAUGGGCCCCUGGCAGUUGUGAUCGUGCCUACGAGAGAGUUGGCACAGCAGAGCUUCCAAAUCUUCCAGAAACUUCUAAAGCCCUUCACCUGGAUUGUACCUGGUGUCCUGAUGGGAGGAGAAAAGAGAAAGGCAGAAAAAGCCAGACUGAGGAAAGGCAUAAAUGUUUUGAUCUCCACUCCAGGACGAUUGGUGGAUCACAUCAAGAACACGCUCAGCGUCGAUUUUAGGGCCGUACGCUGGCUCGUCCUGGAUGAAGCAGACAGGACACUUGACCUGGGCUUUGAGAAGGACCUGACUGUAAUCCUGAACGCUCUGAAUUCUGGCGGCUCCACCAGGCAGACGGUGUUGCUCUCUGCUACACUCACUGAGGGACUUUCCCGGUUAACCAGCAUUAGCAUGAAAGACCCAGUGUACAUCCAGGUCACAGAUAUUACUGAUGAAACCGCGGACACAUCGAAACCCUCUCUGUCGUCCCAGACAGCACCUUCUCAGCCGACCGACGGCUACACCGUGCCUGACCGGCUGCAGCAGUAUCUGGUAGUGGUGCCUAGCAAACUGCGCCUGGUCUGCCUCGCAGCUUUUAUACUGGCCAGGUGUAAGUCCGAGCGAGAUCAGAAGCUCAUUGUCUUCAUCUCCAGCUGUGAGGCGGUGGAGUUCCUCGCCACGCUCCUCUCCACUGUCCUGUGCGGCGGCAACUCCGGCGCUGAAAGCAAGCAGCGGCUGUCAAUCAACUUCCUCCGACUCCAUGGCAACAUGGAGCAAGAGGAACGGACCGAGGUGUUUCAGGAGUUCUCCCAGUGUAAAGCCGGUGUCCUGCUGUGUACGGAUGUGGCAGCACGUGGGUUGGAUCUUCCUCAAGUCACGUGGAUUGUACAGUUUAACCCUCCGACGUCCGCAGCGGAGUACGUGCAUCGCGUCGGCCGUACGGCUCGCAUCGGCGCUCAGGGAAAAGCCCUUCUCUUUCUCACCCCCUCAGAGACCGCCUACACGGACGUCUUGGCCAAUCACAAUAUCAGUCUCGGUGAGAUGAAAAUGGAAGACAUCUUGUCGACCCUGAUGCACGACGAGCGCUUCAAAGGAAGAGGAAAUUGGGACAAAAAGAAAUCAGCCGCUGCCCGUGAGCAAGAUAUGCGCGAGCGAGCGACGGUUUUGCAGACCGACUUUGAGAACCAUGUUCAUAGCAGUGCGGAGUCGGUGCAGGCUGCUAAGAAAGCCCUGCAGUCAUUCGUGAGAGCGUAUACGGCAUACCCCUCAGCUCUGAAACACAUCUUCCACAUCCGUCACCUCCACCUGGGCCACGCUGCCAAGAGCUUCGGCCUGCGGGACGCACCACAGGGCCUGUCCUCCGCCAGCACGGACUCCACGGCCAAGAAGAAUCCUAAAGGAAAGGAUAAUACCAGACCCACUCAUAAGCUCACAGCCAGAGAGCGGGUGGCCAGCCUGAUCCGCUCCGAGUACAACAGCGGGAUAGACGGAGAGUCAAAGUCCAAAAAGAAGAGGAAGAAGCGAAAAGCUAGCACAGAUGAUGAGCCGACAGAAGGGUGACAGAUUUUUUUAUUUCUUUAAAACACAAGAAAAGUGGCUUAAAAAAAAAUCACAGACUUGUGUGCAGAGCUUUGGAGGUACAGGUGUUUAGCUUCCCCGCUGUACAUUUUGUGGCAUGGUAAAGCUCCAUGAAACUCAUCAUCAUCAUCCUCAUCAUCCUCAUGGCCACCACCAAGAAUCCUGCUGGAAGAGGGGCUGCGUGGAGCUUCGCUUUAAGGAAGCCGUGUUUGUUUAUGUGGAAAUACUUGGAUUUAUAAAUGUGUCAUGCCUUCUUUUUUAUGCAUCACUGGAGGCAAUGGGGGGGGAAAAGGAAAAUAAAACAUUUUUAGUUUGUGCAGUGUCAUUCUGUGAUCAUCUUUCGUUAUGGACUUUGAAAAUAUGGCUGUGCAGAAACGAUAUUAAGAACGUGGGAUUUCUAAAUAUGUAAUGCUUUUUAUGGAUUACUGGAGGCAUUGGAAAAAUAUGUAAAAUAAAACAACUUUUAGU